GACUAAUUUUCCCAUUCUAGUUCAGUCACGGGCAGGGGAAACACCCUCACGGUUUUGGUAGAAAAGUAAAAUUUGGAGAAAAAUGUGAUUUUCCUCGAUUGAAACGAAGAAGUAGAAUUUAAAUUUGUGAUACUUUAAGAAAUUAGUAAAAAGUUACAAUGCAGCCCAAAGUCAUAGUUUUAAGUAGCCUCCUAGUUUUAAGUUUUCUAAUAACGAUACCGACAGUCAUAGCCGAAAGUGAUCAUCUUGAUCACAAAUCACUAGAAGUUUGCCCUUCGAUGUGUACCUGUGAUAUGAUCGACAAGCUGAAAAGAGCAGAUUGCAGCCAUGAGCAACUAAUCAACGCAUACACUGACGUGCCAACCGUUGUGGAAAUAUUGGAUUUAAGCAUCAACAGAAUAUCAUCGAUCGGAAAUGGUGACUUCCAGGAGUACAAGCAACUGAUUAAAUUAUUUUUAUCAGAGAAUUCUAUCCAGACUAUUGCAUUGCAUGCGUUUGCAAAUCUGAGGAAACUGCAGUUUCUUGAUCUAUCCCACAAUCGCUUAGAGCAGCUACACGAAGACACAUUCGAAAACAACGAAAACCUUAUCGAACUGAACCUCUCGCAUAACAACUUCAUGACGCUACAGCACCAACCGUUGUUCAAAAGUCCUUCUCUAAUGAUUUUGGAGCUACAUGAAUGCAAAAUUCCGCAGAUUUACGACAACACGUUCCUACAUCUGCCGAAGCUGAGCACGUUAGAUCUGUCCGGCAACUUAAUGAUCACCCUUCCGAAGGAACCGUUCGUUCCCCUGAAUCGGUUGCGGAUCAUUGAGCUGGGUGAUAACCGGUGGCAGUGCGACAGUUCCUCGGUGCGCGCCACCAUCAACUGGAUGAAGAAGCGCAUCGACACGAUACGGAUCGAACAUUGCUUGAUCAACCCACACCAAACAAGAGCGAAAUUUGAGAAAAUGGAGCUGGACCCUCGCCUGGAAACCCACGGCCGGGAAGAAGUACCGAUCGACCAGGUGUGGGGCUCGUCCACCACCGAAGUCUAUCUGAACCUACUGAAGGAAAAGUCCUGCGCUUACAACGACAAACAGGAUACGGAGAGCCGAAGGACGUGUGAAAACUUUAUCGAGUGCCAAUCACGGUUCAGUGAGCUGUACUUCCAAUGCUUCGAGGCCCACAAAGAUAAGCCGUCGUACGAAACGAGCCGCUCUAGUCACAUGGCGGCCAUUACCAUGCUGGUGGGCAUGUUCAUUGGGGCUCUGUUUGGAUCGUUCUUUACUUACGCCAUAAUUUGGACCGUGCAGACAUGUCGAGAGCGGUCCAAAUCUAGCAAUGAAACUGGACCUAGAUCGACACGGGAAAUGCGGAGAGAGUUUCGCGAACGGAAUCAAUUUGAACACUCGCGUCUAAACGAAUCACCAACACUGCGACGUUCGCAUCGACAAACUAUCGGCUGCCUACCGUCACAUGAACAAUCCGAAAUCUACGGUAAUCACGAAAACACUCGGCAAUUUCUGAUAAAUCUCUUCUCCAAACGCCAACCGCACUACAUCAGGAACAAUUCCCAGAUAUCAAAUUUGCACAAUCGCUACAUACCACCAACUCCCAUUCGAAAUAGAGUCAAUCUUCCAGUUCCAACAAGUCCAGCCGCCCUAUCGACCAAUAGUUUUACUUGGCAAGUAUCUACACCGGUUCCGCAACCGCGUCGGGUAACCCAGGAACAAGAACCCAUGCUGAGUGAAAACCGGAACGACAGUCGUCAAUCCUCGACGCAAUCCGUGUGGAACAGUGGGUACGGAGAAUCAAAUAUCACACUGUACACGCCACCAAUUAUCUACGAUGCAAGCCUAGUGGCGCGAGAAACUCCUCCUCCGCCAUAUCUGGAUUGUACCUCAAAAUCUUCAAACGAGGAUGAAGAACAACAGUGAUAUUCAUUAAAAAAAAACACAUCUACCAAGAGCUUCAAGCUUCAUUCAAGUAAUUAUUUAUUCAGAUAUUCUUCAUGCAAUAUAAAAGCUACAAUUUACCUGAA